UCAUUUUAACCUUUCAUCUUUUCAAAACCCAACCCUACCACCAUUUCAAUCUUCAACCUUCAAGCUCCUACAACUAUUAUAUAUAUAAUCUACAUAACCUUACCACAAAACCAAACCACCCCUCCAACCUCAUUCACUAGUUUUCUUUCUCAUACAAAAAUUAAGAGGAAAAAAAAACCCUAAAUCCUUUCAGAAACCCUUUUAAUCCCUUUUGAUUUCUAUCUUCUUCUGCUUCAGAUAUUAGUCUUAAAUUUCUCAUCCCAAAAUACUUCUAUUUCAGGUAUUAAUCUUAAACUUUGAAUGGAAUGAUAUUUCUGAUUCAGAGAUUAGUCAUUAGUUCUAGCUUAUAAACCACAUAAUUAUCUUCAACCUUGUCUUUAUAAUGCCAUCAAACCCACCCAUGUCUUCUCUUCUACUCCACCUGUUCAACCACACCGACUCCGCCGCCACUGCCGCCGCCGCAGACUGUCAUGACACCCUCCCCGUGAAGCCCUUUGCUACGGUGCCUGACGCCGUGGCAGAUUACCACACUCACGCGGUGUCGGAAAACCAGUGCUGUUCGGCGGUGGUGCAGGAGAUCUCCGCCUCUGUGUCCACCGUGUGGUCCGUCGUGCGGCGCUUCGACAACCCACAGGCCUACAAGCACUUCGUGAAGAGUUGCCACGUCAUCGGAGGAGACGGCGACGUCGGGACACUCCGGGAAGUCCACGUCAUCUCCGGCCUUCCCGCAGCGCGGAGCACCGAGCGCCUCGAGAUCCUCGACGACGAGCGCCACGUCAUCAGCUUCAGCGUCGUCGGCGGGGACCACCGCCUCUCCAACUACCGCUCCGUCACCACCCUCCACCCUGCUGCUGCCGGUUCCGGCACGGUGGUUGUAGAGUCUUUCGUGGUGGACGUGCCACCUGGGAACACGCCCGAAGACACGCGCGUGUUCGUCGACACAAUAGUAAGGUGCAAUCUUCAGUCACUUGCGCAAACCUCGGAGAACUUAACGCCACAAAACAACGACAACAUCAACACCGACACCAACGAUUACAAGUUCAGUUCCUGAAUUUUUCUCUAUUUUUUUUCUUUUACUAUUUAUGAUUUAUAGUGUCAUUUUAUAUAUAUGGUGAUUGGGAAUGAAGUAUGUAUGUGUAUAUUGUGAUUAUUAGUAUAGAUUGUUGGUUGUAUUAGUUAGUCUCCAAUUUUGUUGUAUCUUAAUAAUUUCCUCUGAAAAAUAGAACAUGGGGUUUUUCUAA